AUGUCCUACCCAGUUGAUGAGCCGCCGGUUGUACUCCCGGGAUCGGUGCCGCCCAUGAUGGGGCCGGGCUCCGCCACCGCCGAUCAGGCAAGCGUAGUCUCCGGCGGCAAGGUCGGGACGGGGCGGGGGAAGGGAAAGGGAAAGCGCGGUGGCAAAACCGGGGGAAAGGCAGGGCGCCGGGAUAAGAUGUCCCGGUCGGUUCGCGCGGAUCUCCGGUUUCCCGUUGGCCGCGUCCACUCGCGGCUAAAGGAAGGCCUUUUUCGCCAACAACGCUGCGGCGCCUCCGCUGCUAUCUACUGUGCGGCGCUGCUGGAAUAUUUGACAUCUGAAGUGAUCGAGCUCGCUGGUGCCGCUGCAAAGGCGCAAAAGACAGAGAGAAUCAAACCGAGGCAUAUCUUACUUGCUAUUCGAGGCGACGAGGAGCUUAACCGCUUAGUAGAUGCUGUCAUCUCACGUGGUGGUGUGAUGCCAAAUUUACAUAAGGCAUUGGAGAAGAAAUCCAAGAAGAAAAGUUCCAAGCGGGCGGUCUAG